AUGUCGGUCGGUCGAACGCCGAUAAAAACGACGGUGGAUCCCGAGCAGGUGAAGAUGCUCAUCCACCAACGCGGAGUAGUGAAAGGGAAAGUGACGAAAAUCCACAAUACGCUCGAGAAUGCUGAAGACCAUCCGGAGUUAGUGAGUGUGCCCCUGCUGAAAGUGUUCCAGAAGAAAUUAGAAAUGCACUACAGUGAAUAUGAGGCAAUCCAUCGCGAAGUGUUGUCAGUGACGCCGCCAUCCAAGGUUGAAGAGCAGGAUGAAAAGCUGGAGGAGUUUGACAAACUGCACACCGAUGCCUUGGUCAGACUGGAGCAGCUGAUGGAGAGUCUCACCAAGCAGCCUGCCACCGCGAAUGUCAACGCUGGGACAGCACCUCCCGUUGUGGUGCAGCAAUCCCUCAAAGCUCCGAUACCCUGCUUUGAUGGGAAAACCGAGAACUGGCCAAAGUUCAAAGCGAUGUUUUCGGACGUGGUGUGCAACAGCAGCGACUCGGAUGCCGUCAAAUUGCAUCACCUGGACAAAGCCCUUGUCGGUGAUGCCGCCGGACUCAUCAACGCCAAGAUGAUUACCGACAACAACUUCAAGGAAGUUUGGAGGCAGCUGACCGAACAGUUCCAGAACCCGAGAGUGAUUGUGGACACCCACGUCGAGGGAUUGAUUCGUCUGAAGCCGAUAGCGAAGGGAAGCUACAAGGAUCUCCUGGAGCUGAUCAAGACCUGCGAGCGCCACGUAGCUGGGCUGGAGUACCAGGGACUGAAGGUGGAUACCCUCUCCGGCAUCCUCAUCACCAAGUUGCUGACGUCGCGGCUGGACGACCACACCCUCCAGCUAUGGGAGCGCAACCAGAAGCACGGUAAGUUACCCGACUUCAGCGAUACGAUGCGGUUCUUGAAAGAGCGUAUCACCAAGGUGAAGCAAUUGAAGAUCUGCUUCAAUUGCCUUCGGCCUGGACAUCGAGUAAUCGAUUGUUCCGCCAAGAGAAUUUGCGCGAGGUGUAAGAAGCGACACCAUACGCUUCUACACGAAGAAUCUUCUUCUAAGCCCCAGUCUGAACCCCUUCCUCAGAAGAAUGAUUCUCCAAAGGUUAACGCGGAAGUGAGCAAUACACCCAAACCCCCAACGUCAGCAGCCCCAAAUACCUCGUGCUCGUGCAGUAAUCCCCAAACAGUGAAAACCGUGAUGCUGUUGACGGCCGUUGUUAACCUCGAAGAUUGCCGUGGUAAUGUGGUUCCAUGCCGCACCCUUUUGGAUAGUGGAUCCCAAGUGUGCUUCCUGUCAGAAGUUAUGGCCAACCGAUUGUCCAUUCCCCGUGAGUCUGUAAGCGUCCCGGUUACAGGAAUUGGUGAAGCCAAGUUCUAUGCUCGUGAGAAGCUGAACGUGUCAGUUUCUUCCAGGUAUUCGAACUUUUCUAUUACCGUCGAGUGUCUGAUUGUACUGAAAGUUACUGGAUUUAUUCCAUCGUCGAAGAUUGAUAUCUCCUCCUGGUCGAUUCCAGCAGGGAUACAAUUAGCCGAUCCCGAGAUUUUCGUGCCAGAGCGGAUUGAUAUGCUCAUUGGUGCUUCGAAGUUUUUUGGUUUGCUUAAGUCAGGUCACCUCCGACUAGCAGAUGGUUUGCCAGAACUCCAUGAGACCCAUUUCGGAUGGGUUGUUGCGGGUGAGGUAGACGAUCGUGUUGUCAAUACGGUGCAACAAGUGCAUUCCGCCACUGUGGAUUCUUUGAAUGAUACCGUGAAGAAGUUCUGGGAACUGGAAGAGAUUGCUGAUACUCCGAGCCUAGGAACCGAGCAGGACGAGUGUGAGGACACCUUCCGAAGGACCCACCAUCGAACACCAUCUGGACGAUAUGUUGUGCAAUUACCCUUUAGAGAAGAUGUCAACAAGCUUUGUGAUAACCGAGAGAUGGCUCUUCGUCGUUUCCUUGCGUUGGAAAGGCGACUCGUGAAGGAUCCUACUCUGAAGGAGCAGUACGUUCGAUUCAUCCAAGAGUAUGAGGAGUUGGGCCAUUGCAGAGAAGUGGAUGAAGCCCGCGAUCAUCCAUCGCAUGGACGCUACUAUUUACCCCACCACGCCGUGUUGAGAUCAUCUAGCUCCACAACCAAGCUACGAGUGGUAUUUGACGCCUCGGCGCGACAAUACCAAGGCGCAAGGUCGCUGAAUGACGUUCUGCAAGUCGGUGGCAACGUACAAAAUGACUUGUUCAGUAUCCUCCUUCGAUUCCGCAGACAUGCCGUAGCCUUCACUGCCGACAUCACGAAGAUGUAUCGGCAAGUGCUGGUUGAUCCAUCGCAGACUUGUUACCAAAGGAUUUUCUGGAGAGACAGCCCAGAUAAACCACUGAGAGUACUGGAGUUACAGACCGUAACGUACGGGACUGCCGCUGCACCUUUUCUAGCCACCAGGUGUUUGAGCCAGUUGUGCGAGGACGAAGGAGGCAGGUUCCCAGUUGCAGCGAAAAUAGUGCGAAAGGACUGUCACGUCGAUGCCGUCCUUUCAGGAGCCGAGAGCGUAGAAGAAGCAGUUGAUGCCCAGCAGCAGUUACAACAGCUGUUGCGAUGUGGUGGAUUCCCGAUACAUAAAUGGAGUUCGAAUUGUCCAGCGAUGCUUACCAAUGUUCCCGAGACAGACCGAGAGAAACUGAUACGCUUGGAUCAAGAGUCGACCCGAGAAGUAGUCAAGACCCUGGGACUGACUUGGAGCCCCAAAGCCGAUGAGUUCGUGUUCGUUACCAGUAGUUGUGCCAAAGUUCCAAGUAAGUACACAAAGCGGAUGGUAUUUUAUGAGAUUGGUAGACUGUUCGAUCCGCUAGGCUUGGCAUCACCCGUUGUCGUUAUUGCUAAGAUGCUAAUGCAAGAGAUUUGGAAGUCUGGUCUACCAUGGGAUGCCGAGCUUGAUGGAGAACUACUUCAGUGGUGGCUGACUUUCCGUGACGCUUUACCAGGAGUUUGCGAUUUGAGCAUACCCCGCCGUGUGAUUUCCCAACAAGCCGUUGCCCUGGAAAUACACGGAUUUUCAGAUGCAUCGAUUCGAGCGUACGGAGCUGUAUUGUAUGUGAGAAGCAUUCUACCAGAUGGAACUGCACAGCUAGCCCUGUUGUGUAGUAAGUCGAAGGUGUCGCCUAUCGCUGAGGUGAGCAUUCCACAGCUGGAUAUUUCCAAUGUGACUCUGUGGUCCGACAGUCAAAUUGUACUCGCAUGGCUCAGAAAACCCUUGGCUUCACUGCAGAUCUUCGUCCGAAAUAGAGCAUCGGAAAUCAACAAGGAGACUAGUGGCUACACAUGGAAGUAUAUCCCCACCAAGGAGAACCCCGCGGACAUAAUAUCAAGAGGCAUGCUCCCUAAUGCUUUGAAGUCAAGCGAGUUGUGGAGGAACGGCCCACAGUUCCUAUGGGAAUCUGAUUACCAAGUUGAGUCGCCAACAGAUAUCCCAGAUGCGGAGCUGCCGGAGAUGAAACAGAUCGUAGUUUUAGCGUCAACCGCCUUCAAUAGAGACCAACUUCCCGUAUUUUCUAAAUACAGUUCCUUCUGUAAGCUUCAGCAAGUGAUGGCUUACGUCCAGCGUUUCAUCUCAAACUGUCGUAAGAAGGAUGACAAGCUCCGUGUCAAACAGAGACACACCAGUGUUCCAGAGCUCCGUAAAGCAAUGGAGCUGAUUAUAAAGAUCGUUCAGCACGAGGUUCUUGGAGAUGAAAUCAGACGGAUUAAUCAAAACGAGCCUUGUAAGAAAAUUGCACAGUUGCACCCUAUAUACCAGGAUGGAGUUUUGAGAGUCGGAGGGAGAUUGAAACACUCGUCCAUGAUGUCAGAAGCAAAACACCUGUUCAUACUUCCGAGGCACCCGAUUGUUGACCUAUUGAUUCGAGCAUACCAUUUGGAGAACCUGCACGAGGGACCGUCUAGUUUGCUUGCGAACCUGCGCACUCGUUUCUGGAUACUACACGGACGAUCGGCCGUGAGAAAAGUCACCAGAGGUUGCGUCACCUGUUUCCGUGCAAACCCAAAAUGUUCCACGCAGCAAAUGGGCAAUCUACCUUCUUGUCGGGUAACGCCGGCUCAUCCAUUCGAGAUCACGGGCGUAGAUUAUGCAGGACCUGUAUAUGUGAAGCAAGGGCGCCACCGACCGAGAUUAGAGAAAGCAUAUCUGGGAGUCUUCGUGUGCAUGGUCACAAGGGCUGUGCACCUGGAGUUAAUUUCCGACAUGACCACCGAAGCCUUUGUUGCGGCAUUACAUCGAUUCACUGCCAGAAGAGGAAUGCCGAAAGAAAUUCAUUCUGACAAUGGAUCCAACUUCCGAGGAGCGAGAAACGAGUUGCACGAGCUGUUUGAAUUGUUCCGCUCAGAAGCGUUGGAGAAUGAGAUUGAGGAUUUUUGUCAGCCAAGGGAAAUUUCAUGGCACUUCAUUCCUCCUGAAGCGCCAAACUUUGGGGGAAUUUGGGAGGCUGCUGUGAAAAGCGCAAAAUUCCAUUUGAAAAGAACUCUCAAAGACGCUCGGUUAACAUUUGAGGAGUAUGUGACAGUCUUGGUUCAGGUUGAGGCAAUUCUAAAUUCAAGACCGCUCUAUUCCGUAUCGUCUGACCCGGGUGACCCUGAAGUAAUCACACCGGGACACUUCUUGAUUGGCCGGCCCUUAACUGCCGUACCGGAACCCAGCUAUGAGGGUAGCCCGGUCAAUCGUCUAAGUCGUUGGCAAUACCUCCAGAAACUGCGAGAAGGUUUCUGGCAUAAGUGGAAGCGCGAAUACCUUCAGUCCCUACAAGGUCGAAACAAAAACAGAAAUAAGCAGCCAAACAUUCAGCCCGGUAUGAUUGUGCUGCUUGAAGAGAAGGACACACCGCCACAACGAUGGAAACUAGGCAAGAUUGUGCGAACCUACCCUGGAACCGACGAGUUGGUUCGUACCGUCGAUGUGCAGGUCGGAGAUUCCAUCUACAAGCGACCGAUAACGAAAAUCGCCGUAUUACCGAUUGAGGACAACAUCAUCGCUUUCGAUUUCGCCAGUGAAAUAACAGGGUUCCAGACGGACGAGAACGAGGUGCUUUUUUCGUUAGAUGUGGUUUCACUGUAUACGAACGUACCAGUCGAUUUCGCUCUACGAUGCCUCGAGGAGCGGUGGGAAGAAGUGGAGCAGCACACGAAUAUCGACAAAACGGACUUCGUGUACGCAGUGAAGCUGGUAUUGGAAUCGAUGUUCUUCGUGUAUCAGGGUGAUGUAUACGGACAGACAUUCGGUGUACCCAUGGGUUCGCCAUUAUCACCAGUAAUUUCCAAUGUGGUGAUGGAAAAAUUGGAACAGGAGUGCAGGAUGCAGCUGGAGGAGAAAGGUAUACAUCUGAAGCUGUACCGUAGAUACGUGGACGACUGCAUGUGUAUAGCUAGAAGGGAGCACAUCCAAACGAUCGUGGAUACGUUCAAUAGUUUUCAUGAUCGUCUCCAGUUUAUUGUUGAAAUGGAAGUGGGAGGGAAAAUAAAGUUUCUUGACAUGAUGUUGGAACCAAAUAAAUACAUCUUGACUUCCGAAACAUUCUAA